AUGGAUACUCCAAUUCGUCGAGUCAUUGCCAGCCACGAUGCUGAAGGAAAGGGCCAUUUUGCUGCAGACGACAUCUUAACGCCCUAUGAUCCCAACACCGCGCCAGUCUUCUCUACGCCAGGCCCCGACUCUGGCUUUGGCGUUAUUCAAAUUCACCGGUCGCGUGGAUUCCCAGUGGACAAUAUGAAAGCUGUGGCUGAUCCACAUAAGACACUCGUUCCUCUCGCCGAUACCAAGGGACCGUCUUGUCGUAUCAUUGAUCUGCCGCCUGCCGACGCAGGCUGGUUCCACCGUACGCUGAGCUUAGACUACGGCAUUGUGCUUUCUGGCACUGUUGGGCUCAUUACCGAUGGAGGGAAAGAAACGAUCCUGAAUCAGCACGAUGUCAUUGUAUGUCGGGGGGUGAACCAUGAAUGGGUUAAUCGGGGCAAGGAUGUUGCUAGAAUCUUUGUGGUGGUGGUUCCUAGCAAGGAGAUCGUGUUGGCGGAUGGGACUAUACUGGAGAAGACUCCUGCUGGAGAUAUCUAUGAUCCUCAAGAAGAGGAGGAUUGA